CAAACCAUUGUUCUUAAACAGGAUAUCUAUGUUGAUUUAACAUCUGAUUUUAACCAAGUGGAAAUACAAACAAAGAUGUUACUGAGCACUUAAUGAAGGAAGAUAAACGAAUAAAAAGCUUAUUUUUAGUUCAAUUUUAUGACAAAUAUGACGAAACCAUCGAGUUCAAGCAAAGUAAAAGUGGCCGUGAGAUUGAGACCUUUUAAUAAAAGAGAGCUUGGGUUAAACACAGAAUGUGUAGUGGACAUGCAAGGAGACCAAACCAUCCUUUCCACAACAGCAAAGGGACAACAACCAAAGACAUUCACAUUCGACCAUUGCUUUUGGUCAAUGGAUCCAGAUGAAGUUGAUAAGUUUGCCAACCAGAGCCUUGUGUUUGAGAGCCUUGGUGUAGAGUUACUUGACAAUGCAUUUGCCGGUUACAACGCUUGUAUAUUCGCCUAUGGCCAAACGGGAUCUGGUAAGUCUUACACCAUGAUGGGCAGCCAUGAUAAACCGGGGUUAAUACCUCGUCUGUGCGAUGCUCUAUUUCUACGUAUACAAGAUCAGACACAAGAGAGUCAGUCGUUCAAAGUGGAAGUAUCGUACAUGGAGAUAUAUAAUGAGAAAGUGAGGGAUUUAUUGGACCCUAAUGGUGGUAAACAGCAGCAUUUGAAAGUUCGCGAGCACAAAUUACUCGGACCUUACGUGGACGGUUUACAACAGCUAGUAGCGAGCACGGCACAAGAUGUACAGGAAUUGAUGUCCGAGGGAAGCAAAUCUCGCACCGUCGCCGCUACGAAGAUGAAUGCUGAGUCGUCACGAUCACACGCGGUGUUCACGCUUAUUGUAACCCAUACCAUGGUGGAUAUACAAUCUGGGGUGUCAGGAGAGAGAGUGAGUAAACUUAGUUUGGUCGAUUUAGCGGGGAGUGAAAGAUCUUCCAAGACGGGAGCUUCUGGUGCAAGGUUGAAAGAAGGGAGCAAUAUUAACAAGUCUCUUACAACACUGGGGUUAGUAAUAAGUGCAUUGGCCGACCAAGCAGCAGGGAAAGCUAAGAAUAAGUUUGUUCCUUAUCGGGAUUCUACUUUAACCUGGAUAUUAAAGGAUAACUUGGGAGGGAACAGUCGUACCACGAUGGUGGCAACUUUAAGCCCAUCUGCUGAUAAUUAUGAAGAGACUUUAUCAACAUUAAGAUACGCAGAUCGAGCGAAGCGAAUCGUGAACAAAGCUGUUGUUAACGAAGACCCGAACGCUCGUAUCAUUCGUGAGUUGAGGGAAGAAGUGGAGAAGUUGCAAGGACAACUUAAGCAAUCAGAGAGCAUGAGAGCUCCAGACUUGAAAGAGAAAUUGGAGGAAAGCGAGAAAUUGAUCAAAGAAAUCUCGUUGACAUGGGAAGAAAAGUUGAGGAAAACGGAACAAGUACAUAAGCAACGACAAGAGACACUUGAAAAGAUGGGGAUUUCCCUUGAAACAUCGGGGAUCAAAGUCGAAAAGACGAAAUGUUUCCUCGUGAAUCUUAACGCAGAUCCAUCGUUGAACGAAUUGCUUGUGUAUUAUUUAAAGCCCCGCACAGUGGUGGGACAUGCGGAAACGAGCGACAUCCAGCUUAGUGGGUUGGGUAUCUCACAGCAACACGCGGAGAUGUAUAUGGAGGAAGAAGGAGGGAAGUCUUGCGUCAGUGUUGAGCCAUUAGAAGGCGCCAGACCUUGCGUUAAUGGUCGAUUUUACUCGCACAAUUCCCCGAUCCAGGAAACCAUCUUAAGUUUAGAGCGAGAGUUCCAACUUCUUCAAGAUGAAAACGGAAUGCCACGAAGUCCUUCUAUGGAAAAACUUGAAGAUUCUGAACGAAAGAAAUACGAAUUGGAAAUCAAUUCUCUUCGGCGCCAACUACUGAUGGUUUCUCCGAGCGCAAGCGCAGAUUCGCUUGACCGGAACCAACCGCCAAGUAACCCUUCAGGGGAUUCCCCAGCGGGGUACCAAAAAUACCGAAACUGGAAGUUAGAAAGAGAAACAGAGUUCCGUCGGAGUAUUUGCCAACUACGUGAACAUUUAGUUCGAGCACAAGCUCUUACAAGGGAAGCAAACGAUCUUGCGAGGGAGAUGAAACGAGAUACCGAGUUUACUGUCACUAUGAGGAUACCAACGCAUAACCUUACUCCUAAUAGAAAGCAAGGCAAUCUACUCUGCGAACCAGCCGUGCAGGUGAUCAGACAAGGCAAAGACUGCCAAGUUUGGUCCGUAGAAAAACUGGGGAACAAAAUAAUUGACAUGAGAGAAAUGUACCAAGCACAUCUUGUAGAAGAAGACUUUAACAAAUCGUUCACCCACGAUGAUCCAUUCAACGAAACGGAACGUAGCCAACUCCUAGUUGGGGUGGCCAAUGUUUUCCUCACGUGUCUACUACAGGGGAACCCACUACGUUACCCCGUUCCUAUUAUUAAUCAGCAUGGACAGGUGGGUGGUGCGGUAAACAAAUCGUUCACCCACGACGAUCCAUUCAACGAAACGGAACGUAGCCAACUCCUAGUUGGGGUCGCCAAUGUUUUCCUCACGUGUCUACUACAGGGGAACCCACUACGUUACCCCGUUCCUAUUAUUAAUCAGCAUGGACAGGUUGCAGGCAAGCUCCUUGUCGACAUCCAGCGCGUCGAAGGUUUCAUCCCCGAUCGUAUGUUGUUCGGGGGUGACGACUCUGAUUCAAAAUCAUCUUCCGACUCUAAAAAACUUGACGGGGUGAUUUCGAACUCCAGCUCCAGCAGCGGGGUGGGUUCGAGUUUGAGUACGGACCCCCCUGUGGAUGGGGUGAAGGGGGAACUCCCUAGAGUGACACUAAAUGAUUCGGUUAAUUCACGCUUGUCAUCUUUAUCGUCACCGGUUGAAAAUAAAGAGAAAAAGAAAUUGUCGCCGCAGAUAACUUGCAGAGUUACAAUCAUUGAAGCUCAAGGUCUCUCUCCCACCCUCUCCCCCUUCGUAGAAUGUCAAUAUACAUUCUUGGAUUGCCCUGAGGUCACUCUGGUUCCUCCUGAUCUAAGUCCUGAUAAAGUUUCACCAAAACGAAGGUCUACGUUAAACAUUCGAUUCAACCACACGAUGGAGUUCACGUGCAACAUCACCGAGGAGCUCGUGGACCGUCUUACCUCAUCGUCCUCGCUCGCUGUCGAGGUGUGGGGCCAUCGGGAUCGUUACCAUAACAACCUCGCACGAACCCCAUCCUCCCCGGGGUCAUGGGGUCGCGUGGGAAGGGUCAGGGGGUCACGGAACCGGGGGUCGAGCUUGUUGUCGGAUAAAAGUAAAUCGCUCAAAGAAAGAUGGAGUGAGGUUUUGAAACGGCUACGAGUUGACGUUACAAUCCAGGAGCUUGGUGACCAUGGUGAUUAUGAAGCUGUUGAUAUCCUUCCUAAACCUGAGGUUGCGUGCGUCGGAACUUUCCAACUUAAACAGGGCCAAUCACGUAGAAUCCAAACAUCGGUCACCCCUGUUGACGACACUGGCACCCUCCCCUUAAUAUGUGGGAGUGUGGCUGCAGUAUACGCUGGGAGUAUAACUUGCAGAGCUACUAAUAGAGACAGAGGACUCGACAGUUACCAGGACCGAGAUUUAACCUCGUUACGUAACGAGUGGCUAAAAGUUUCCGAAAGAAGGAAGCAACAUCUGGAUAAACAAAUCAAGAAUUUAACGAGUAAAGAAAAUAAAACGGAGUUGGAACGAGAAAGAGAAAACAAUUUAUUUGAUCAAUGGGUGACGUUAACGGAAGAAAGAAACGCAAUACUAGCCCCCACCCCAAGUUCGGGGGUUCCCGGGGCCCCAGCUGCAUGGGUCCCACCACCAUCUGUGGAGAUGCACGUUCCUGUUAUUUUCCUGGAUCUCGACUCUGACCCAGUAGACUGCGAAGACAUCAUCCGUGCCCCAGCUGGUCUGGACAGCGAGUUACCGCAGGAAAUACCGGGAACGUUCGUACAACUUCCCUUCGUGAGGGCUCCACAGUCCGAUUACCGUGGCCACGUAUCAGCGAUCACAUCAUGGGAUUCAUCCAUGCACGACUCGAUAUUCCUUAAUAGAGUGACACCUAGUGGUGAACGAGUCUACAUCAUUGUUAAAGUUCAUUUACGGCUGAGUCAUCCCGUUGAAAUGGACCUCGUUCUAAGGAAGCGGCUCUGUGUCGCCAUCUACCGACAGAAAGGUUUCACGGCUUCGAUCAUGCGAAAAAUGCAAGGCAGGCCGCUCCUUACAUCUGGUGUGGUAUACGAGAUAGCAUCCAACAUCCCACCUCCCACAUCUGAUGGGGAAGACCACGAUACAAUGGCUGUAAUUGCUGCAAGUGGCGCAAAGCUUGCCCCCGAAGAAGUUGAAAUGGAAUCGAACUCAGACGAAGACGAUGGAAACGACUUUGAGAAAUACGUGAUGCGAGCGACACGCUCCGUGGAUAAUAUUCUCUCGCUCGAUCGGAUUCGACAGGAGGUUGCCAUCCGCGAAACAAUGGACUCUUCGUUGCCCCCUAGUGGGAGUAACGCAGAUGUGGUUUCAAUUAUUUCGAAGAGAAAUCGCUCGAAAGCUACUUCAGUAUAUUCAAGUCACGUGACUAGUGUCCGGAGAUCCCCUGAUGUAGGAAAAGAUAUGAAGCUAGGUGUUGCUCAUGAGUGGUUGCGAAAGAUUAGCGACACCUUGCGGUCGAAUAUUCGCGAACAACAUAUGACGUCAGCACCUGGUUUGUUACGUCAUUCAUUCAGUUCUGGUGACGUCACAGAAUGUCAAUCAGAAAUCGUCGCUGUAACGAAAUCGCGACGAAAGCUUUCUUCGAGUUCAGAGUUCAAAUCGCUAGAGCGAACUUCGGGUGUGACGCAUCCACUGACGUCAACACCGAAAAAAGCUGAUGAUGUAAGGCCAAUGACUCCAACCAUACACGUGACAAAACCAGUGGACCACGACGACGCGUUACUAAGCAACAAUCGGUGUUAAUUAAUUAAUCAGCGCUUCAAUGAAUGAAUGUAACUUAUUUAACCUCGCUUGGCGGGGCAACGGUGGUCGUUUACACGGGUGUUCUGUUUCAUACACCUCGUGCCCGCUUACGAAUUACCAUAUAUAGUACUGCGGAUAAGAUCAAAGAACACUAUACAACAGUGUGUUCUUUGAUAAGUUGUAUAGUGUUCUUUGAUAAGAUGGGACACCUUUAGCACAUAAUAUCCAAAUAUUCUGAUCGUGUUUUAAACAAUUAACAACGGUCCAUGGGAGUCGUGAGAAAACGGCUUUAUAAUUCUUUGAAUGUUCUUUGUUUACUACUAAAUGGGACGAGAAAAUAGAGUGAAAUGGUGUCCCAUUUUAUCCCACCCUACUAUAUCUAAGGUUUUUGUUUCGCAAACUACGAGUUCGAAGCAAACGCGCUAACCACUUUGCCACGGCGCCCGGCGCCCGGCGCCCGGCGCUUUACCAAUUAUAAUACUUGCGUUGCAAAAUAAAUUCGAUUCCGCU